CUCCUAGCAGUCGUCGUUUCCUUUAGGAUUAGUGCAGCAAAACUCAUAAAUGCCGUGAAAGGCAUGAAGAGUUUAUAUGAUUUCAGUGACCAAGAAAUUGGGCUCAUCAUUAUCGGAGGUGGUUGCAUUUUGGGCCUAUCCCUCUGCCUGGGCUUGUGUGGACUACUUCAUGGUAUAUCAAGACGACGAGGCAAGUCCAACUCCGUUAGCGGAUCCAAAAGUGGCUUGAUCAAAGAACAGAGCCACUCUGUCCUUCGGGGAGAGCAUCCCAUAGCAUUUGUAUUGCCAUCUGUGUCGUUAUCCGAGCCAGGAAGCGAAAUGUCCGAUUUGGAGAGCCUGACCGCUUGCUACUCAACCAGCCCCUCGAUGACUCUCUCAAGCAGCUUUGGUGCUCAAGUUCCUUGGAGACACCGAAGGACCUCAUUUUCACAAGGUUACAGCCCCUCCAGGAAGAACCGGAGAAGGUACUCCCCGCUGGUCGAGAGAGGUUACGAGAGUGCGGAUGCACUAUCCCGUGAUUUUAAGGGUGACCUUCUGGAUCCCGAGGGAAAAAGCGCUUCUUUUGUCAAAGGACCCCCUUGUUCAUUACCCAAUAAUGGACAAAUUGCUGAGUCGGCCAUUGAUGGCAAUUUGGAACCAAUCCAUGAACCUGAGGAACAUAAUCUGGGUUCUUUGAGAGUGAAGCUUUCUGUAGAUGCCAAUGGAGACUUGAUGAUUAGUGAAGUGUUCCUAACGGAUCUUAGCACCAUCUAUCUUUCGAAUAGCUCCAAGCUAUCCAUCCGAGUCAAAAUGAUCACAGAUAAAAAGAGCGUCGCGACAGAAUCCGGGAUGACUUCCAUAUUUGACACCAAAGCCUUGUUUAUCGACCCUCUUAGCAUUCCAAUCAGCAACCAACGGUGCAACCUUUGUGUCCUAAAACUGAGUGUGAUACAGAAGAGCUCGUCCAAGAACCAAGGAGAGCCAGUUUUUUAUGGCUAUUCAGUGAUUGACAUGAGCCAAAUCUUGCCUCUUACUUGUGGUUCCAAGCUUGUGGAGAAACCAAUCCAAGUCUCGGUCGUGGAAGAGUUGCGGCAAAUUCUUGCUCACGCCAUCGAGAUCUCGCUUCACUAUGAUUCCGUCUCCGGGAAACUCACCUUAGGAAUAAUUCAAGCAGAGCUAAAGGGCGUCAAAGCUCAGAAUUUUUCCCAAGUUGAGGCGCAUUUGUAUACCAAAGUGACCUUAUUUGAAGGCCGUCGGGUGAUCAAGGCCAAAAAAACCCGACCAGUGGGCUUCAACGUCAAACCUCAAUUUCACGAGACAUUCAGUAUCUUAUUCCCGGUCACCUACUUGGAAAAGGUCUCGUGUAUUAUCAGCCUUUGUAGCAAAGACCGCCAAGGAGCCAAAGUCGUCUUGGGAAGGAUUUGUGUGGGACCCGAAAGUUACGCUGAAGGUCAAGGACAGCUUCAUUGGACCCGAAUGAGGCUGAACGAUGGAGCUACUAUUAUCCAAUGGCAUCAGCUGGCAUAA